GAAGAAGUGGGAUAAACAUUUGGUUAUUUCAACGGAAUAAAAUGAGAAUUCAACACUAGAUUACCUCUGUUCUCGUCAAGGAUGGAUAUUCCGAGCUCAAACCGUGGAAUAUGGCAUAUUAUUUCUGGACGYUCUUCGCUCCAAGAACCGAAUCAAAUUGCCGAUAUUCUACAACAAAAUAAGCAAAGGCUCCUUGAUGGAGUKUUGUGGUACAAGAAACCUAGUGCAAGUGCUUUUCAAAAACUCACAAAAGCAGAAAAUAUAAAACCAAAGAGAAAGGAAUUAGUGAAGAAAUUAAGUAAAAUUCUGGAUCUGGAUGAAUGGCAGUCUUUGGGGAUAUUCAGCAGUUACCUUGCGAAUGAAUUCAGAGGUUCUAUGCAACAGUUACUGCUCAUUACUAAGAAUGAAACACAGACUGAAAAUCUCAUGACAAAGAUCUUAGAGUACUAUUACGAAGAGAGAUUGCAUAUUCUUGAGUGCUUGAAAUAUGUGUUGAGCUACUGGCAGGACCAUCAGCAUGCUUUCAGGGAAGAGUUUGCUGAGUUAAUAGAAGAUCUCCAAGACAAAGAUAAUCUUAUCAACAAGAUAACAGAGCAAUAUAAAUUCUGUUGUACAAGUCAAAUUGAAGGGUCACAUACUCGCAGUUCCGCACUCGAGCGAAACAGAAAUUAUAGGCUAGCAACACAGUACCUUCAAGAACAGAUCUUGUUGUUGGAGAUAAUGUUCCUGUACUAUAGAGAUUAUGUACAUCCAACUAGUAGUUUGUUACAGACAGCAAAACUAUUCCAGUCUCAAGGAUUUGGUACCAAGCAGGYCAACAGACAUUUAAUGGAUGCAAGAUCUGAGCUGCUUAUUCCACAAAUAAGGUUUUUACAAGUGCUGAUCUUGGUAAUGUCCUUCUAUUUGGAAGGAGUUCGAAACUUGCUGGACGAUGGAGACUUUAAGAAACACCAUCUUGUCCAGGAACCAGGUGGAAUAAAGUCACUGGACAAACUGUUUGUAAGCUGGGGAAGCCUAGCACAACAUGGGCCAGUCAUGUUAGCUUGGGCUGUGUUUCGAUAUAUCACCAUGGAAACAGAUCAAGAACAGGAUAUCAGAAGAAUUGGUAGCAAAGCUCUGCAGUGCCGUGUAUUUGAGUUUUUGGAUGGGAUGCUGCAAUCUGAMACAUUUUCUUCUGUUACGCCAGUGGCAAGCAGCAGUAGGAGUGUUGUCUAUGGACUUCUGUUCCUGGUGCUAACAAUGUUUCAAGAAGAAACCCUUGGUGAUACUAGGGGGUUAGACACUGGUACAGGAUUGCUGCUCAAAUCAGCAUGCAAUAGUUUUCCUAUGCAGUUUAUUCCAUUUUUGGAGUUAAUGAAAUCCCUUUGUGGGGAAGAGGUGUCUGCUGGGAAGGUUUUUGAAUUCCUGGACAACAUGCCUUCUUACACUGAAUUGCUGCGUGAAAAUAGUGUUGGUGAUGUUGAUUGUACUGGUGAUGACCAAGUUUGGAAGAUUGUCAAUCAUAAAACUCUGCACAGAGGAGUGCAGUCAUCAGCAGAGAGUCUUGUCAUCCCAAGUGGUACUCUAGGUGUUGUGUUACCAUCUGUACAAGGUAUGGAGAAAAUAGUUUUUGAAUUCCUGGACAACAUGCCUUCUUACACUGAAUUGCUGCGUGAAAAUAGUGUUGGUGACGUUGAUUGUACUGGCGAUGACCAGGUUUGGAAGAUUGUCAAUCAUAAAACUCUGUACAGAGGAGUGCAGUCAUCAGCAGAAAGUCUUGUCAUCCCAAGUGGUACUCUAGGUGUUGUGUUACCAUCUGUACAAGGCUCAUCAGUCAUUCGGUGGAAUUACAGUUAUUCCUGUUGGGACCUGUUUGUCUUUGAGAUUGAUGCWUUUCUUCAAUCACUGAGUUUAGGAGCAGGAUGUGAUUGCCRGAAUGUCAUUGCUAUUGUCAAUCUUACAAAUGAGAUACUUAAGAAUAACUGGUCCAAAGUAGAACACAUUGAACCAGUGAUAUCUAGACUUUAUGUCCUUAUCCAAAGAUGUGCUUUGUCAYCUAAUCUUCCACAAGAUCUUCUAGCUUCCUGUCUUACCUGUCUUGCAACGGUUGCAUCCCACAAUCCUCUACAGGUGUGGUUCAGUCUUCAGCAGACAGGUUUUCUGCCAUACUGCACCUUGACACAGUCACUGGACGACAACAAAUUGACAAUAGAGUCAAUGAGCAUAGCAUCGGGCAACCUUGGAGUCAUACUCAGUUCAAGAGAACAACCCACCGGCUAUUUCCCCAUCACUAUGGCAACACUCCGUCUGUUUCUUCAGCUUAUGUGUGGUGUUGGGCAAGCUGACUUAGAAUCAGUGCAACCAGUUAACUUUCUGGACUUAGCUGCUUGCUUGGUGUUUGUACUGAGAGAAGUUUUUACUGGGUUCUAUAAGUGGAGAUUCACGGCUGUAAAAGACCGAGAGGAGAUUGGUCAACGCAGUUUGGAAAUAUUCAACGCWGUUCUUAGUCUCCGCCUGAAACAGCAACCAGACUCACAAAGAGAUGACAUGGAACUUGAUGYCAUUGAAGAAAAACGACAAAUCAGGUCACCCUGUGUUCUGCAAGACGUCCUUGCUCACAGUCUCCUGUACACUACUGCUGGCCAGUCAUUACUGCAUAUUCUAGGCACUGGAGUUGAUACUGUCGACAGGCUGAUUUCUCAUGGAGGGUUAAGCGGACAUGGAAUUGCUGUUGUCAAGCUGAUCAAGCUGUCUUUUUCAGUUUUAAACAAAUUAUUAGCAAGAAAACAUAAGGAGGAAGAAAUCUCACCUUUAGAGCAAGCUUUAUCAACACAAGUGAUCCAUCAGUUCAAGGAUUCUAGUAAUUCAUACAGUGGUAACACCUCGCAAAGCCAUCUCGUUACUGUCAUAGCGUCAUAUAUUCACCACAGGGCUGACUGUAGACUUCCUACACUUGCUACUUUACUGCUUAAGAGAUUAUGUAUGGUUGCACCUAUGUCCAUGUAUGCAAGUUUGGGUUCAGAGGCAGUUGCUUUGCGGGAUAGAUAUGUAUCACGUCUCCAGUCAUUGACAGAGGACACCAAGCUCAAGAUUGCCAUCCUUGAGUUCAUCGCAACAGCAGUAGAAACACAGCCAGGGCUGAUUGAAUUGUUUUUGGACUUGAAAGAAAAAGACAAAAAUAAUCAGGAGUUUACAUUGGGUGAUCAUAGCUGUCURCUCGCUGUGUUGAGUAUGGUACAUCCUUCAAAGCAGACUCACUUACCACCAGCACUAGUUUCAUCUGGUUUCAUGCUGUUYCAUGCUUUAUGGGUUGAUAGACGAGAUGCUGCUCUUACUGCAAUCAGAACAAGUGAAGGUUUUUGGCAAUUUUUAAUGGAGCCGUUAUUUACUGACUUGGAUAUUGAUGGAGCUGAUGAAUCGGUUUUACGUUCGCAACUUCAAACUUGCUCCUACGCAUUCCAGAUCCUUGCUCUAGAGAGUUAUUAUGUUGCAAGUGGUCAAUUGGACGAUAGUUUAAAGAAUUCCCUAAAGGGUUUUGCGUCUGAACAUCGAUAUGAGUACUGGUCAGCGUUGAUAAAUUCUACUUGUGGUCAAGAUAAUGGCAGUGUCAAUGAGACAUCACGUCCACGUAGUCCUCUAUUCUUUACUUCUAACGAGAAUGAGUAUCUAAGGCUGCUGAGGUCAUGGAGAUCGUUUCUUGUUGUCGCUUCAUCGUCAGAGUCUGAUGUCUAUGGCUUGCGUGACGCUAAAAUAAGACAUGAGAUAUUGAAGGRAACUCUAAAGGCUCUGAAAACGAAGGUAUCCCAGUCCGUUUCUCUAGAUGUUCUGGCAGCAGCWCACGAGCUGAGCUCACUGUAUUUAAUGCUGCUWAAACAAUGGAAAAGUUCAUUSAAGACUACAGGCUCAGCUUUUAAUAGUUUAGUAGAGAUCUUAGAAACUGCAAAUAACAAUGACAAACAGUUACUGGACUACAUCAGGAUUCCUGUGUUUUCUGCUAUAUCAACGUUGCUACAGCACUCGCGUGCUGAAAAUCAUCCAGAUAAUAUGUCUACUGGAAAUCCUCUACAAAAGGGAUCCCAACCAUUGGCUGAUUUAAGUCAAACUCUGAGUAGUUCAUUCUCAGCGCGCGAACUACUAAGGACGUACUCGUAUGCCGAUGAAGAAUCGUUUAGGAAUAAUCCGGUGGUGUCGACGACUCAAUCAAAACUGUUAAAGAUCUUAUGCAACUCGUUAGCGAUGUUACGGCAGUUUACUCCAGACAUUUGUGAAAUUCUACUCGAUGAGGGAAUGGACAUAGAUGAGUAUGUGCCCCUAGCUACGUUAGGAUUUAGUUCCCCAGCUAUCGAUCAUGAGGAACCUCUUUCCUUUGGUACAUUACUGGCUUGUUUGAAUAUGUGUCUUACAAACCUUAGUCCAGGGGGGGAUGCACGCUCACCAGUUAAGUCUCCUGUCAGGACUUUAUCAGAAACAUUACCAAGACAUUUACUGAUGUUUGCUAUGGAAAAUUCCAUGGUGUUGGUCCUUUCUCAAUCGUCCCGAUACCUGCGGGAUCCCACUGUCGACCCGCGAGUCAAGCAGCUUUUGAAAAGAGAACUUGGAAGCGAACUGGGACACUUUCUUGGCGGUUUAAAUCGCCACUUUGUAAGGCGUGGCAUGCCCCCCUCACCUCUAAGUGACCGAGCAAGUCCGAGCCCGGGUAAGAAGACUCCGACCAAAGCCCUUGCCUUCAGUGAAGCUCCGGAUCAAAAGUUAUUCAAACUGGCUGAUAUAUACGUGAAGAAACUACUGCGGUGAUAUGUGUAGAUUUGCACAUCACUUUAAAGUAUACGUGUUCAAGUUGUCUCUGAAAAACACGACGGAAAGAAUCCUGGGAUUGACGCGAAAAGAUUCAUGGGAAUCGUGCGAUGAAUUCUGGGAAUUAUGCGCAAAGGAUUCUGGGAAUUAUGCGCAAAGAAUUCUGGGAAUUAUGCGCAAAGAAUUCUGGGAAUUAUGCGCAAAGAAUUCUGGGAAUUACGCGCAAAGGAUUCUGUUAUUUAGACGUAAAGAUUCCUGGGAAUGAUGAUUUAGGAGUGAUGAUAUCAGGAGAUGGAUGUUUUUAUAUGUAUUUAGCGAGACAUUGUGUAGAUAAAAACACUGAGAAAUGUAUUUUUAGAUAUCUCUUGUUGCAUAUUUUUUCUGUUUUGUCGUUAUUGUUUGUCGAUGGAGUCGUUCCUGUUUUGACGUUUUCUUUGUGGUUUUCUUUCAGUCGUACUUUGCUAUGUUAAAUGUUUAUAACUGUAACUACUUUGCGCAACAAACAAGAUACAAAUUAUUCAACUAUU